ACAGCAGACGUUAGCUUCCGCCUUCGUGUCAACAGGAGAAUAUAACUCGAGAGAUAUAAGCUGUGAUCUUGAAUCUGUGGCGAUAUCGAACUGUGGUAGGGCUAUAGCCAGUGUAGACAUGAAAUGGACAGAUUUUGCAUCGGAAAUUAUACUGCGCUGCUUUCUUGGUAUUUUCUUGUUGAUAACAGAAUUUUUGCCUCCCUUCCAUCGAGUCAUCCAACCAGAAGAGCUAUGGCUGUACAGAUAUCCUACCUCAAAAUCCUAUUAUUCAGGAAGCCUAAUGUGGGCUACAGUGCUUUUAAUGCCUAUCAUCACCUUUUUGGGCUUUUUCUCGGUGCGAAGGGAUAAACAGGACCUUGUGCAGGCAUCUUUUGGUGCAUACCUAGCCAUUUUCCUGACAGGUGCCCUAACAAAUUGUUUGAAGGUGGUUGUUGGAAGGCCUCGGCCGGACUUUUUGGCACGCUGUUACCCUGAUGGACUUCCAGAGAACAUUAAAGAGAUUAUUUGCACUGGACCAGAGAACAUUGUGUCUGAAGGCCUCAAAAGUUUUCCCAGUGGUCAUUCAUCAUUGUCAUUUUGCUGCAUGACAUUCAUUGCCAUGUACAUUGGAGGCAAAUUGCAUGUGUUCAGCCGUGGAAGAGGUCAGGGUUGGCGAUUCAUCUGUUUUCUUAUCCCACUUGUGUGGGCUACCAUGAUAUCUGUAUCACGUGUGUCUGACUACCACCAUCACUGGCAAGAUGUGACUGUUGGUUCCAUUGUUGGUAUAGUAAUAGGAUACACUUGCUACAGACAGGUAUUUCCUAGUUUGUCCAGGAUGAAUUCUCAUCUUGCCUAUAGCCAGGUACCUCCUGUGAUUGCAUCUCCUGACACCUUCAUUGCAGAUCCCCAUACACCCCUUUCCCCACAUAACAAAUCUCAUGAGGUUGAUUUCCAAUUUGUCUCAAAAGUUGUGUAAAAUGAGGAUUUUCAGCAUGUAGACUCUAGCUUCUUUGAUCCUUUUGUUACUGAUAUAUUAAACUCAAGGACCCGGGUUAUUUACUACGCAAUUCGGACCAUGAAGUGACCAAAGGAUUUUAAUCUGCAUAUAGUGUGUUAAGACAAAAUAAGCACACCUUUCUCUCACAAAGUUUUUAAAAAGUAGCAGUACUGGUAAGAGUCUUUGUAAGCCUUUUUUAACAUUGCACUAAUGAAAAUGCGUGGGAUUAUGAAUUUAAGAGAUCAUGAGCCGGGGGUAAAUUAUGAAUGCUUUUUGUGUUUUAUGUGUUGGCAGAAGAAUUAAGGUGUAAUGCAAAGCAUCCUGAAAUGUGCUUCAUGUCUCAUAAGAAUUUAAUGAGAAGGAAAAAACCAUUGGAUAAUUUGAAUAAAUGCGUAACUGAUGACAAGAAGAUUAACAUGUUUUUGUUAAAUAUGGAUGCACUUCAUGAAGAAGAGAUUUGUAAUGACAUUUUUAACAUGUAUAAUUACUGUAUAUUGCUGUGGGCAUGAAAGAUACCUCUUAUUGUGUGUGUAGCCAUGUUAAAACCUGUAGUGGUUUUCUUGUUUUUGUACCAGAUUAUUUUGAGAAGCUCAGAUUUUCACUUGGGCAUAGGUGCCAUGAAAACUGCCAUGGAAUGUGUGUCUUGAAUGUGCUGCAUCAGUUAGUUAAUUUGUUAUUGUUUUUUUUUUUGAUGGAGUAUUUAGUUCUUGUGUCACUAAGAAAGGGAUGAAUGAAUGUUAUAUAUUGUGAAAAAAUUUUACAAAAAAUAUCAGCUUAUGUUGUCAAAUGCUGUAGAUGUUAGUUUUUGUAGCUUAAGACAGUUGUGUUUGAGAAACACAAAUUGUGAAAUCUAGACUAUAUAUGACUAAACAACUCAUUCCAUUGUACAGACAUUCUCAUAUUCUAAUUUUUUUUUCUAAAUACAUCUAGUUUUGGUCCAGUUGAAAUAUGUACAUUCCUGAAGUUUUGAAAUUCACAUUAAAUAACCGCUUAUCAUCAGAUAUAUUACCAAUAUCCUAAAAGAGGCACAAACAUUUUGUAUUGUUUGUAAAAUAAAAAUUUAUGUUGAUAAAUAGUGUAUUGUUGCAAAAUUUGAAACAGAAAUUGGAAAUUAUCAUUUAGUUUUUAAGUAUUGUAAGGGAUAUAGUCUUAUUCACACUUCAACAAUGGCAACAAGGAGAGUCAAACUGACACUGCCUUAAGAUCAGCAUUUCUUUCUGAGAAUUUCAGUGAUGGUACAGGUUUGAGUUACAGAAACCAUGUGUUAUAAAUGCUAAAAACUGUCCUACCAGCAUGUCACUUUCCUAACAGACAUCCAUGACUUAAAAAGCCUGUAAUUGCCUUAAAAACAUCAAGAUACAAGGUACCCAGUGUGUACUCUCUCAUAGCCCAUGACACUACUGUCCAGUGGAUUCAUGCCCACUGUGGCUUGCUAGAAAAGGAGGGAAUUAAUUGUAACAGCUCCCAAAACCUGUUUCAUUUAAUGAAGCGAAAGAUGUGGACACUACAGGCAGAAAUGGAAGGACCUGUUUAGCCCACCAUCUGAUGACCAGUUGCUACACCUACAACACUCACAACAAACUACCAUCUUCAGACUUUUACACUAGACAACGCCUUGGCCUGAUGUUUACAUUGCCUCUUUGAGGCCUUAGAGCAUUCUUCUGUUUUUCUGCUUUGUCACCAACAUUGUGAGACAUGAGCCCAGCUGUGGAAUCAGAGCCAUACUGGAAGAACUUUCAUGACUGACAUAUACUAGUUAUUAUGGUGCCGUAUGUAAAUACUUAACAUUGUUCCCUUAUUUUAUUUUUUUUUGGUACUUGAUACUUAAAAGUGUCUUGACAUUUUAUACAUUUUUAGGUUUUGUAUGUCAAUUGUACGUGUGCAUUUAUGUGGAUUCCAUGUCAAUUGCAUAUAAAGACAACAUAUCUGUGGAGGGAGACCUAUAUAGGAUUUUGUUUAUAUUUUUUUAGCAUGUUGUUUGAGAACUACGGGGAGACAGAAAUGUGAUGUUUAAAUGGUGGUAAGUACCAUCUUCCAGUACAAACUGGGUGUAUAUACAAAUAUUAGCAUGAUUACUUGUUUUAUUGAUUACAUGAUUUUGUUGAUGUUUUGUACAUUUGUUUGAAAUAAAUCUUAAGAUAUAAAAAA